AUGACUGCUACUAGUAGUUCAGUUUCAAGAAAGGAGUUCAAUCCCACAGAUGAUGAACUCCUUCAAUUGUUCCUUUACAACAAGGUCCACGGUAAGCCUUUGCCUGACAAUGCCAACAUUCUUGAAUAUGACUUAUACGGAGAAACGAACCCAUGGGAGAUUUGGGAAGAGUUUGGAGACUCCAACUCGUAUGGUGGUAAGGACCUUUACUUCUUCACUAAACUGAAGAAGAAGCUCGGUGCUAGCGCGCGCUCAGUUCGCACCAUAGGGUUGGGUUCAUGGGAAAGUGAAGGUGCUGGUAAGAUUGUAGUAGCUCAUAACAAACUCCUUGGAAUGAAGAAACGUUUUCGGUUUGAGAAGAGUGGCACUAUUGAAGAUGGUAAGUGGAACAUGCAUGAAUACAGCCUUGACUCGUCUUUGCUCACCGAUUCUUCAGCCGUAAAUCAUGUUCUAUGUAGAUUUAGAAAGAAUUUUGGAAAUAAUACUCGUAAAAGAAGUACGAGCAAACAAAAUAUGACAGACACUACGAAAAGGAGGACAUUGGCUCUAGAACUUGCAGCUACCACGGAAUCUUUUAUGUUUCUGUUGGAGUUCUUGUCUCUGUCAAGUUUCUGUAAAAACUCGCACUACGGAACUGCGUCCACCACGCACGCUCAGGGUGCGAUGGACAAAAAGAAUAAUGAUAAUAAAAUUUCCUUGGGUGAAGAUAUUUCCCAAGUACCAAAAAUCUAUACAGAAAGUAGAGACAAGACCGAGGUGGUUAAAACUAUCACUGCAGAUGGAGAUUUCACCAUGUCUUGGCCAGAGUUAUUUGCAAUGCAGUUGAGAUUGGGAUGCUCGAUCGAAGAGGAAGAAAUCAACAUGCUUCCUAAUACAUUCUGCAAGGACUUGUUAUUGGAAAAUAUUGAUAUUAACUUCAUCGAUACCAGUAAUAAUGGAGACAAAUAG